GAAGCCAGUGUGGGUAGGGGUGGGGCGGGGCUCCCCGUCCUGAGACGGAGAGACGCGCCAUCCGCGAGGGGCGGGGCUUUCUCUGGGGCGCCGUCUGGCGGUUCGCUCCUCUCUAUGGUUCCUCUUCUAAGCUCUUCCGGGUCAGCUGGUAACCUUGGUAACUGACAACUUCCGAUGAGCGGGACCUGAGCGUAGCGCGAUGGCGGAGCCGAGACUCGGAGCCGAGCUGGCUUCACCAUUCCCAAUAGCUACAGAACCUCAGAAACUCCGCCCAAGAAAAGUGCCAGAGCUGCCAAUCUUGGAGAGAAGGAACUGGCUGAUACACCUGCACUACAUCCGCAAAGAUUAUGAUGCAUGUAAGAUUGCUAUCAAAGAGCAACUCCACGAGACUCAGGGAAUGUGUGAAUAUGCAGUCUAUGUUCAAGCCUUGAUACUUCGUUUAGAAGGGAAGAUUCAAGAAUCCCUAGAACUUUUUCAGACAUGUUCCAUUCUAAAUCCUCAGAGUGCUGACAACCUCAAACAAGUGGCACGAUCAUUGUUUCUGUUGGGGAAACACAAAGCAGCUAUUGAAGUAUACAAUGAAGCAGCUAAACUCAACCAGAAGGAUUGGGAGAUCUGCCACAACCUGGGCGUGUGCUACAUGUACCUGAAACAUUUCAACAAGGCAAAAGACCAGCUGAAUGAUGCCUUGCAGCUCAACAGGCAUGAUCUGACAUACAUGAUGCUGGGAAAAAUUCACCUGCUGCAAGGGGAGACCGACAAAGCCAUCGAAGUCUAUAAGAAAGCAGUGGAGUUUUCUCCAGAAAACACAGAGCUGCUUACGACCCUGGGUUUACUCUAUUUGCAGCUUGGGGUUUAUCAGAAGGCAUUUGAACAUCUUGGAAAUGCACUUACAUAUGAUCCCACCAAUUAUAAGGCUAUCUUGGCAGCUGGCAGUAUGAUGCAGACUCACGGUGAUUUUGAUGUAGCCCUCACCAAGUACAGGGUAAUAGCCUACACCAUGCCUGAAAGCCCCCCAUUAUGGAACAACAUUGGAAUGUGCUUCUUCGGCAAGAAAAAAUACGUGGCAGCUAUUAGUUGCUUGAAGCGAGCCAACUACUUAGCUCCUUUUGACUGGAAGAUUCUGUACAAUUUGGGGCUAGUCCACCUGACAAUGCAGCAGUAUGCAUCUGCUUUCCACUUUCUCAGCGCCGCUGUCAACUUCCAGCCCCGGAUGGGAGAGCUCUACAUGCUCCUGGCAGUGGCUCUGACAAACCUCGAAGAUGUUGAGAAUGCUAAACGAUCCUAUGAGCAAGCUGUAGCGCUGGACCAGUGCAAUCCCCUGGUCAAUCUGAAUUACGCUGUGCUGCUCUACAACCAGGGGGAUAAGAAGGGAGCACUAUGCCAAUACCACGAGAUGGAGAAGAAAGUCAAUGCCCUGAAGGAGAACAGCACUCUCGACUUUGAUCCUGAGAUGGUGGAUGUGGCUCAGAAGGUGGGAGCUGCCCUGCAGGCGGGGGAGAGUCUGGUCUGGACUAAACCCGUCAAAGAUUCCAAAUCAAAGCAGCGAGCCGCUACUUCUAGCAAACCCUCUAGCACUCAGCAACCUCUGGGCUCUAACCAAGCCCUGGGUCAGGCCAUGUCUUCAGCAGCUGGGUAUGGGAAGACUAUGCAGCUUUCUACAGGUGCUGGAGCAUCGGCUCCCCUUGCAAAGCCCCCGUCGAUGCCUCUGGAACCUGAACCGGGCUCAGAAACAGGCCCCGAAGAGACCACACCCCUUACAGAGCCCCAAGAACGGAGAAAAGAGAAGCGCAAAAGCAGGCCGACCACAGAAUAGAACAGCAGCACUGGAUGGGCUGGGCAGGCGUGAGGCCUGCUGGGCUGUUGGGAGCAAAAUCUUCACUGCUACCCCUUAACUCAAGCAGUGAGGAAGGCAGCUGCCCCCAGCAUGGCCUGCAGUGACUUCACCAUACUGUGAGCUUAGGCAAAAUGCAGCUGGAUGCUGAUACAGUGACAUUAGCACCUGGCCUCAUCCUUGUCUCAGUGAUUCUUUGCUCCAUGGCACCCAGAAGAGGUUCUGAUAAGCUGCCCACUAGUGCUGCUGUAGGACUGCAUGAGGUAACUGAGGUGCAAUCUCCUUCCUUGAGGGCGGGGCUGCUGUAGCAUUGGACAUAGGUGCUGAAUCACUGAGAUGGGCUGAGUCAGCAGGAUGGUUUAGCAAGGGCCAACUACAGUGACUGCACAGCUUUUAAAGCAGUAGCUUGGACCAGCUCUCUAGUUAGAGCCCAGAGACCAUCAUGUCCCUUUAGCAAGUGAGCCUUUUCGCUGGCUCAGAGGAAGCUCUACCAGCCCCCUGUAGUAAGGUCAGUGGAAGAACUGGAGGAGGGGAGAAGCUAGAAAAAUUAACAGGAGAAGUGAGUGGAAGCCAAAUCAGUCCAAGGAGUGAAACAACCCUGAACGCAGGCCUGGAGGAGGGGCACCAGUUCAGGCUAUGCUCAUUGAUGAUAACGUGAGAGGCUACUCUGCAUUGCUCAGAGGGAGACGUGUGCAACCUGCAUGCCUGUUUACCAAAGCCCAGCCUCUGUCGGGGUUGUCCAAAAACCUGGGGAAAGCAUUUCCAGCCCCCUUUCCUCAGGCAGCUAGCUCACAUUGGGAGAGGAGCUCCCUCCCUCAGAGCUGUUCGCAGUGCUGUCAGUCCUGCAAGGUAGAGGUGACAGGGACUGGGAGGGAGCAAACUUCUCUGUAAUAGACUCACCCUUCAGCCAGUAGCAAAUGAAAGGAGAUUGGACUUUCAUCCACAGUGUAAGUCUCUUGCUGGCAGAGCAGAGUUACGGCAGGCAGGGGGCACUUUGAUAACCCACUAACACGCUGCCUCAGUUUGGUGGGAGUUUUAAAGAGCGUGGAGUAAUAUACCUUCAAUGUCCAGCUCUCCUGUUUGUUCUGGUGGUGACAGGCUGGAACCAAUUCCAUUCCCACAGUCACUAAGUGACAAGGGAUGGGCUGACAGAGCCAAACAGAAUUGGAAAGAGUGGCUGCUUUCAUUUCUGCCUUUUCCAGCAUCCCUGGGGAACUUACACCUGUAGAGAGUUCUCUUCCUGAAACGUGGACUCACGGCCUCAGGAAAGCUGGGAGGUAGCAGGCACGAGGCUGUGUUGGAACUGAGAAUUAGCCUGUUUCCUUAGGGUUACUUACCUUCUGAUCCCCUUCCUCCCUCCUGUUGACACUAACUGGGUCUAAUUUUAUUAAAGCCAUUGAGGUUGGACAA